AUGGACACAUCAAGGGUCUACCUCAAUUUCAAGGCAUUCAGGACUCCAGGGGCUCAGCGUGCAUCACUGCCAUCUCUUCCCCCAGGUGCCUGUCGGUGCCCACACUCCCAUAGGUUGACUCUGAAACUCAGUUGUGCUGGGCUCAUCCUUCUUGUCUUGACCCUGAUUGGGCUCAGUGUUUUAGUGCGAGUCUUAAUACAAAAACCAUCAAUAGAAAAGUGCAGAGUGUAUAAUCAAGAGAACAUGGCUAAACCAACAGAGAGUCCAGCUAAAUUAAAGUGCCCAAAAGACUGGCUGCCACACAGAGAUAAAUGCUUACAUUUUUCUCAAGAUUCCAACAUGUGGAAGGAAGGUCUGGUUCACUGUACUACAAAAGGAGCCACUUUGCUGCUCAUUCAAGACCAAGAAGAACUGAGAUUUGUAAAGGACUCAGCAAAGGGAAAAGGCAAUUCAUUUUGGAUUGGACUAAAUUACACAUUGCCAGACAAGACCUGGAGGUGGAUAAACGGCUCUACUUUGAGUUCUGAUGUAUUACAGAUCACUGGUAAAACUACAAAAGACAGCUGUGCCUCCAUCUCAAAUACCAAAGUGUUUUCUGAGAGCUGUGUUUCAGACAUCAAGUGGAUCUGCCAAAAAGAACCAAAACGUGUGUGA